AUGUGGCAAUACUUCCUUUCCUCUAGCAAGCCAAAAGCAGAGCCCCCUCGCGCACUGCCAGCAUCAUGGUAUCGCUCUGAGGCAAUGUACCAGCUAGAGCGACGUGCAAUUUUCUCCAAGCGGUGGUUGCUCCUCACUCAUUCCAGCCGUUUCACCAAACCAGGAGACUACCUCGAAUUUACAGUCGCCAACUUCUCCUUCUUCCUUAUCCAAGACCGAGAUGGCAACAUCAACGGUUUCCACAAUAUCUGUCGUCACCGCGCCUUUCCUGUGAUCCGAUCUCGCUCCGGCACCGCCCCUAUCCUCAGCUGCAAAUACCACGGAUGGUCCUACGGACUGAAAGGAAAUCUGUCAAAGGCUCCUCGAUUCGAAACUGUGCCUGAUUUCGAUAAGAGCAAACACUCCCUCUUUCCAGUCCACGUUCAUGUCGACAAGGCGGGCUUUGUGUGGGUGAAUCUACAAGCUGGAGAAACUGAUGUGAAGUGGGAAGACGAAUACGAGAAUGUGGACGAGCAGCCCCGAAUGCAAGAUUUCGACUUCGCCGGCGAGUUCAAGUUCGAUCAUUAUUGGGAAAUGGAACUAGACGCCAAUUGGAAAGGCGUGAUUGAGAAUUACAACGAAUGCUACCAUUGCGCGACCUCCCACCCGCUGAUUAACGGUGUUUCGGAUCUACCGCGAUAUCGGGUGGAGCCCAAGGCACAGUACAUGGAGCACCACAUCUUCAACAAAGAAUCUGCUGAUGGUCAAUUUCGUCGUGCGAUCACAUACUUUUAUCCCACCACCUCGGUGACAGUGACUGAUAAAUUCUUCUAUAUCCAGCGGAUGAUACCUGUAUCUGCUACUUCGAGUAAGAUCGAAAAUGAGGUUUACCGCCAUCGAGACGCUACCGAUGAAGAGUUUGAAAAUAUCAACGCCUUCUAUAGGCAGCAAAGUGGUGCCAUCUACGCUGUAGAAUGCCGUCCUGCCGAAGAUGGUCGUUUUGCAAUUGUGCAGCAUCUCAACGGGCAAACCCGAGAUGUCCUACCCACGAACCUCAGUGCACAUGCGACCGUGCAAGAGCUCGGCGGUGGCUCAAUGGCCAUACGCCCUGAUGGAAAGAUCAUUUUCGCGGAAGGCAAGAGCUGUGACGUAUACCUCCUUGACCCGGCGACUUCCACGGCUACUCGCGUGCAUGCUGCCGUCGAAGGAAUUCGUUAUGGAGAUUUCUGUAUCCACCCUAAAGCACCUCAAUGGGUUAUCGCGAUCAAGGAAGAUCACCGUGAUGCGACCCCGGAAACUCAGGCAACCCACGUUCACAAUGUUCUAGUGGCAAUUGAUAUUGAAUCUGGCACUGAGACCACUAUUGCUGAAGGGGAUGAUUUCUACUCACACCCCAAAUUCGAUUCAGAGGGCAAAUAUCUAUCUUGGAUUCAAUGGUCUCACCCUGAUAUGCCGUGGACUGGGACUGUGCUAUAUGCUGCACAGUGGACCGGUUCCCUUCUGCAGAAUACCACCCGCGUAGCAGGUGAAGCCCAGAAGGAGAGUAUUGCUCAGCCAAAAUGGGGUUUGGAUGGAAUGCUGUAUUUCACCAGUGAUCGUACUGGGCACUGGCAGUUGUACUCAUUCAACGUCCAUGACCAUUCUGUGCGGCCACUUUUCUUCCCUACAUUGGAGAGCUCGGACUUUGCCAUCGCAGAAUGGAAGCUUGGAAGUUCCACAUACGUCCCACUUGACGAGAAGACUGUUGUGGCGGCAGUUAUCACCAACGCCUCUAGCAAGAUCGUCAUCAUCGAUACUUCUACUUCCACAGCCCGGGAGCUCGACCUGCCUUAUGUUGACUUGGCGCAACCUGGAAACGGAGUAUACCGCGUUUCCUCGAGCAGUUUUGCAGUUGUGGGUUCCACCAACGCCUCACCGCAGGAGCUAGGAUUAGUCUCACUUGCACCCGACGGCUAUGUUUCAACUGCGACCCAUUUGACUGCUCCACAAAAGUACGGACCCCUUUGCGACGGCAAUGUACACAUGUUCUAUUUCCCUCCUUGCAACCCUGGAUUCGAGCCGGAACCAAAUACACUGCCACCUGUCUUGACCUUCGUUCACGGUGGACCCAACGGAUGUGUGACUCCGGCACUGAACCUCGAAAUCCAAUACUACACCACACGUGGCUUUGCUGUUUGCGCCGUCAAUUAUACCGGAUCCACUGGGUUUGGCCGUGAGUACCGAGAGCGACUCUCAGGUUACUGGGGUAUCGUUGAUACCGCCGAUGCUGUCAGCGCAGUUGAUUAUCUUGUGGAGAAGGGCUUGGUUAACAAAUCCCGCGUGGGUAUUUACGGAGGCAGCGCCGGCGGGUAUCUUACUCUACAAGCAUUGCAUAUGUAUCCCGAUGUUUGGGCAGCCGGCGUCAGCUCAUACGGUAUCAGUGAUGUGAGGGCUCUGCAGGCUGAUUCAUACAAGUUCGAGAGUCAGGAUGUGGAUAGACUGUUGCUGAGCAAAACGGCAGUCGAGCAACGUGAGAGUGAACUCACAGAGCGGAGCCCGUGCAACCAUGCCAAAAAGAUGAAGGCGCCCUUGCUCUUGCUACAAGGGACGACCGAUAUGGUGGUCCCUGUGGCGCAGGCAAGGAUCAUGGCUGAUGCGAUGCAUCGCGAGGGUCGGAUUGCAGAAGUGGUUGAAUUUGAGGGUGAAGGUCAUGGAUGGAUUGGGAAAAAGGCUGUUUAUGAAUCUCUGCAGCGAAAGGGGGAUUGGUGGGUUCGUUAUUUGACCUGA